CACCUCUGAGCGACUUCCGGAUCCGGUGCCGCCGGGCGCUGCCUAGUCCCAGGCAACGGGGCUCAAACCAUAACAAGGUGGUAUCCUGGGCUUUCUACAUGGUACGAGUUAAUGUCCUGUGACGUCACGUCUCAUCUACACAAAUGACGCGAUAGCGCUGCCAUCUAAAUACUAUGCCCAUCUGAGCUUUGUUGUUGGAGGGGAGCUAUGGAGAGGAAAGAGGGUCCCCCUUGUGAGGUGAGAUUACCAACUCCUGGUGCAGAGAGAGAAGGACCCAUCCACUCAGAACUAGGAGCUUUUGGGGAGACUGCUUCAGGUACAAUAAAACAAGGGGAAAGCAGCACUGAUGCAAAAAAGGAGGAGAUUGAUGAAGAAUUAGAUCCCAGAAUACAGGAAGAGUUAGAACGCUUGAACCAGGCAAGUGAAGAGAUCAACCUACUGGAAUUACAUCUUAAUGAAGCUAGAACUGCAUACCGCCGUAUACUCUCAGAGUCUGCAAGACGCCUAAAUGGACUUGCAACUCAACUGGGGGCUUGCAUAGAUAAGGCUAGGCCAUAUUAUGAAGCAAGAAGACUGGCAAAAGAGGCACAGCAGGAUACACACAGCGCAGCACUGAGGUACGAGCGGGCAGUCAGUAUGCAUGCAGCAGCCCGAGAAAUGGUGUUUGUUGCUGAGCAGGGAGUUACAGCUGAUAAGAACCGACUAGAUCCAACAUGGCAGGAGAUGUUGAACCAUGCUACAUGCAAAGUGAAUGAAGCAGAAGAGGAGCGUCUGCGCAGUGAGUUUGAGCAUCAGCGUGUGACGCGUCAGUGCCAUGAAGCUGAAGCCAAAGUGCAAACCUUGCAGAAAAGCCUGAAACGAUUUAUAAUUAAAAGCCGCAAUUAUUUUGAACUAAAGGCUCAACUGAACACCAUUUUAGAGGAGCACAAGUCCCGUGUGACUUCAUUGGAGAACUCUGUGGCUCAGGCAAAGCUUCGAUAUUCUGGAACACUUCGAAAUCUGGAACAGAUUAGCGAAGAGAUUCAUUCUCGUAGAACUCAAAGUUCUGUGUUAUCCCAACGAGCCCCUCCUCUUGGGGCUGAAGCCCCUCCUCCUGUAAAGGAUGGAGAAACUGGGCCCCCUGCAGACACCGUAUCCCUCCUCAGUUUGCAGACCAUUGCUUCUGACCUGCAAAAGAGUGAUUCUGUGGAACACUUAAGAGAUUUAACUGAUGUAACCAGUUUAGAUGGGAGAGAAACUGGAACUGUUGAGUCUGGGGGUAGUAGAGAGAGAGGGGCAGAUAGAGAGACAGAAGGAGCAUUUCGGCACCAUAGGAGUGUAAGCCUAUGAGUGGAAGGAAGGUGGGUAACUUUUAGGCAUCCUAUGUCUUUAUUAUGGAAUAGUGCAAUUUCAUUUGUCAGAUGGGCAGGCUUUUGCUUUUAGCACCUUUAAAACCCUAGCUACAUGUUUUGUUGCAUUUGGACAGUAUGGAAAGCAGAUUGGUCAAAUAAAUUGGUGAGCACUUUUAUGCAGAGGGCCAAUGCUUCAUUAACAAAAAUGAGUUGCUGGUCUCCUCCUGAGAGAGGAUGAUCCCUGUAAUGCGUUUUUGCAUUUUGAGUGCAAAUGAAUAUGUGGCAAUACAAAAUAAUAAGGCAGUGGUGGCAGAGACCCCAAUAUUGUAUUACAAAAAAGUAUUUGUAACGUCCUUGUGAAUAAGAGGGUGGUCCCUGGGAAGUUUGUCUGCAUUCAGUCACACCAAACAAAUACGUUUAUGCAUAACGUAAUACAAAUACUGUAUAAAUGGUAUGACCGCCUUUCUAAAGACCUUUUUAACCUCUUGAAUCUUUUGGGAGCCACUUGUAUUUAUAUCUGCAAUGGGGGUAGGGCAGUGUGCAUGACUGGAGGGUUACAAGGCAUGGCAGGGUGCAAUGAGAUGUGCUAUGACAAAAAAAUCAUUGCAAUUUGCUCUUUAAGGAAGUAUAUUCUGUUCUUCCCCUGCUUGAUGUAGUGGAGGUAAGUACUGGGGGUGUAGGCAACAAACCUAGAGCGACCACGCCAAAACUCACCCUAAUUGGUCUGGCACUGACAAAUUCAGGCUGUUGGGAUAGUAAGUUGCGACAUCCAUUGGUGCCCUUGCACAUCUGCCCUGAGUCUUAACUAACGAUCCCCAGUUUGUGUUAAAUAAAACUAAUAACAUAAAGUAGAUUUCUAUUAUUAGUUUUAAAAUGGUUUUAAAAAAGAUAAAUGUUUGCAUCAUUUUAUUAUUCUAUUAAAUACAAUAGCAAUAAAAAAUCUUCAUGAAACUAAAUGGCAAAUUUAGAUUGUGUUCUGUACCAAUUACAGCUGUAAAUGCCUUUACUGGCACGAAAGUCAUUCAACCCAUUUUUAAAAUCCAACAAUGAAUCACUCUUUAACUCUUUGACUGCCAUGCCUUUUGUUCCCAGUAAAUAUGCAAUGCGUAAGAUCAAAAGAGAACAGUGAUAUGUAUAAUGUUAAAUGCAGGUAAAGCCAAUAUUGGUCAACAAUGCCUAACCUGUGAGGGACCCAUGUGGGUCCAGGUUAUUGAUUUUCAAAGUGGAACUGAACCAAAUCAUUUCAAAUGCCUCUGCCGGGAAAUCUUCUUUUCUUCCUGAAGAACAUAGGGACAGAAAGGCUAUAAAAGGCCCAUGAUCUACGUUCAAAGAGGCAAAACAAUACAAAUCAGGCAGACACUCUACUGAUGUGCCCCAUGUAACUAUCAUUGACCAAUCACUAUACUUACCUGUUCCUUCUUUCAGCUGCUGCCUAAUUUUUAAUUACCCCUUAUCAAGAAUAGCUGUGCUGUUAACAUUAACCCUUAACAACUAGCUCCCCCACUUCUGUCCCAUGAUAACUACUGGCCUAAUUUAGGCCCUCCAUCUACAUGGGCAGCUGAGGAACAGGUUUCUAUGGACCAGAUCUGUGCAGUAGCAUCCUUAUCAUCUUGGAGAAUGUUCAUAAAACAUUAAAAACUAGAUGUAAAAUCAGUGGUGGAAGCUUUGUUUGGUGACUCUGUGUUGAGAACAUCUAUUGCAAGAUUCUUUUUACUAAAGUUUUUUCAAGCAAA